AUGCCGGGCUUCGCUGCCACCGAGCAGGAAAAGGUCUGGCUGGUGCGGCGCGUCGCCCGCGCCCUCAACCGCCGCGUCACCGACAUCGUCGCGCUGCUCUUCAGCCACAAGGUAAAAGCAAAGCCGGUCCCCGUGGCUCGCCCCUUCGCGCGGCCCCUAACCCUAGCUACUGACCGUGUCGGGGGUGCGUCCGUGUGGCUCCGCUUUGUUUCCCAGGGAGCUGGAUCGCUCGGCGCUGUCGCGGGGUUCGCCAUCGCCGUCGUGUUCGCGUGGAAGUUCCUGCGACCCCGCAGGCCUGCUCCCAAGCGGCCCCCACCUACCCCUGCAGCGGCUCCUGCUGCGACUGUGCCUGAUGCGGCCGAGCCUAUCGGUGACUCAGGCAAGGUAGUAACACGGGAAAUUGUGGUGAAGCGACUGAGAGGGUGCAGAAAGGUUACGUGCCAACUUCUCGGUGUUGUUUUUGAGGAGAAAACUCCUGAGGAGCUUCAGGAACAUGCUACAAUUAGACCCUCCGUUGUAGAGUUACUACUGGAAAUAUCCAGAUAUUGUGAUCUCUACAUGAUGGAGACUGUACUUGAUGACAAGAGCGAGGAGAACGCUCUCAUGGCCCUGGAGGCCUCUGGACUUUUCAGAACUGGUGGCCUGAUGAAAGAGAAGGUGCUCUUUUGCGGCACUGAAGUUGGUCGAACUUCAUUUGUUCGACAGUUGGAGUCAGAUUUUCACAUAGACACGAACCUUGACAUAGUUUCUCAACUAUCUCGGUUCAUUCGAUGCCAACUAUUUAUUUCCACGGUGGAAGGAGAACAGCUUGCAGGCAACAUAUUCAAUUCUCCAAGUCUUGAGCAGUUCUUCUCUUGA